GUGGCGGCCUUGGGCAUGCUGCUGGCGGCGCGAAGGCGAGCGGCGCAAGGGUGGCAGAGGAGAGGAGGAGCGUGGCGCGAAGCAGAAGGCGGCGGGAUGCAUGGCGCGCGGCGCGAAGGCGAAGCUCUCACACGGCAGCGAAUGGGCCGCGUUGGUGCGCACGGCCGCCUCGCUCCUUUGCUUGCGACGCUGACGCCGAUCUUGACUCUGACGCUGCCUGCCUCGCGCCUCUGCCGCCACGCCCCCUCGCGCGCGCCUCUUCUCUCCCUCCUGCACCACAUUGCGACUCGUCUGGCCCCCCUGCGCGCUGCCCGCAUCUCGCACUCCUCCCAUCAGCUGCGAGCAGCGCGCGAGGCUUCAUGUCCGACGCGCCCUCCGCCUCGCCCGAGCCCUACCGGCAGCGCCGGCGGCACCGCGAGCAGCAGGUGGCGGCCGCGUAUGCGCUGCAGCGCGACGCCGCCGUGCGCGGCAUGCUGGCGUACGGCCUCGUGGGCUCGACGCUCAUCGCGGGCGCACACGCCGUCUUUCCGCGCUUCCGCAGCCAGACACUGGCGUUCAAGGGCUUCCUGGCCAGCAGCUGGGCCAUCUUUGGACUCGUCGUGGGUGCCGACACGGUGCUGCUGACGCACGAGGGCGCGCAGCGGCGCGACGAAGAUGCGAUCCGCGCCCUGGCGCGCAAGGAGCUGGGACGCCGCGGCAUCUUGGCCACCGAGGGCGAGAUCCAGCGCUGGCGCGAGGAGCGGAUAGCGGCGCUGCGCAGGCAGGAGGAAGGAGCGCAGCCAUAGAACCCAAGUGCACAAGGAUGAGUGAAGAGCAUGGACGGCCCCAGCGGGCGCGCGUGAGGGAGUAGAGAGAGAUUCCCGGGAAUGCGCGACUGUGCGACUGAGGCAGAAGGAAGCAGCGGAGACAGGCAAGCAAGGGCAGUUCGGGGAAAGCGAGGGGGCGUGGAGCAAGGCGGCGCCGUCACUCUGCUCUCGCCGCGCGGGGCCGCGAGUUGCCUC